UGUUCUUAUAACUUAUGUACCAAGAUAACAAAAAUUGCUAUACAUUUGGACUUGUGAGUGGUUUGAGUUUGCGCAUUGUAGCAAUAUCAAAGCGUAUCUCUGAAUAUCAAUAACAAUGAAGUAUACAGAGCUCAACAUCGCUAUUUUAAAACGCGCAUGCGUUAUAAAUGUAUGGAAUAAGGAAGCUAAAAAAUCAUUACUAACCCAAGUUACUGGAUGCCGAAGUAGCAUUGUGAAUAGACUUCCAAAAUAUCAUCGCCAAACAAAAUUAAAGAAGUAUGAUAAUAUCGUUUGAAUAUGGCCGAAACUUUUGAAAGGUGUUGUCGUCUUUGUGCAGAAGAGCAAGAAGUAACAAUAAUGAUAUUUAGUAAAGAAGCUGAGGCCAUGCUUCUUCAAAAUAAGCUGAAUAAAUAUCUUUUGAUUGAGGUUGAAGAAGAUGAUAAACUUCCAAAAAAUAUUUGUGUUAAAUGUUGUUCUAAGUUACAAUCUGUGUGUGACUUUAUUGAUACUGCACGAAAAGCACAAGAUGUUUUACAAAAUCAAAGUCUAAUUUUGGAACAAACUGAGGAUAUUACAAAAACAAUUAAAGCAAAAAAUAUUGAACCCGAUUAUGUAGAUGACGUAAAAUUUACUCCUAUGGAAGUAAAUGUUGAUCCUAUGAUGGUAUUACAAAACUCAGAAGAUUCAGUUUUACCUGAUAUUGAAGAAAAUAAUUCUGAAUCAAUUGAACAAGAUGAAGGUGAAGAUGUAACAUAUUUACAUGGUGUGGAUGGUGAAGAUGUUACUAUUAAACUGAUCAAGAAGGGAGAUAAAUCCUGUGAUGCGAAUGAUGAUAAAAAAGAUACUACGAAACCCUUUUUAUGUAUUACUUGUAACCGAGGGUUUUUUACUGAGUUAGCGUUGAAAAAUCAUUCAUGGACCCACUUUAAUGAAGAUAGAGCUACAAAACCAUAUAAAUGUAGUUCUUGUAGAGAACAAUUCGAUUACAAAAGUGAAUUAUUGGUACAUCUAAAAUUACAUAGAACAUCAGGCAUGUGCUUAAUAUGUGGAAGAAUAUUUAGGACUGACAAAAAUUUAGCUGCCCACAUGGCAGCUCAUUCAUCAUCCACUAGUAAAUCAUAUGUUUGCAAAGUAUGUGGUCGUUCAUAUAACACAAGCAGUAAUUUAAAAACUCACAGUGUAACUCACAGCACUGAAAGACCAUACAAAUGUCACUAUUGCAAGAAAAGUUUUAAGCGAAAUCAAGAUUUAAAGUUUCACAUAAACCAACAUACUGGUGCAAAACCAUACAAAUGUCCAUUCUGUGAUAAAAGCUUUGCAAGUUCUGGUAAUUGCUACUCACAUAAGAGUAGGAUGCACCCUGGUCGAAGAGUUGAAGUAAAGAAAAGGCGAGCUACAAUAUCCCGUGAAAAUCAGUCAUUACAACCACGUCCUAUUGCUUCAAAGUCUUCUCUUACCACAAUUAAGGCCUCUUUUAAAUAUCAGUGCACAUUAUGUGAACAUAGUUUUCAUAAAAGAGAUAAUUAUACGUACCACAUGUACCAACAUACAGGAGAAAAACCUUUUCAAUGUUCAUUCUGCAGUGAAAAAUUUGUAACUAGAAAAGGCCUAUUGCUUCAUCAUGACAAAAGUCACCCUGGAAAAGAUCGUCCAUUAGCAUUAUUAUCAAGAAAUGCUUUACUUAAAUGAAAUAAUUUUAUUAAAAUACACAAUUUUAUGUGUUAUCAUGAAUAUGUGUCUUGAUAUCUAAUAAGGUUAAAUCUCUAAGUCUAGUAAGGUUAUUGCUAUAAGGAUUAAUCAUAUAUUAUUUUUUACUAUAAAGAAGGAUUUGACUUAGAUAAGACAAAGACAUUGGGAAAAACAGUCCAUAACUGUGUGUAUUGUAACAUACCAUAUGUUACAAUUUCUGUAUCAUUGACCCUAUACUAUAUCUCUCUUGGUCUUAAUAUUUACUUUACUAUACAUUACAAAAUGCAGUUGUGUCAAACAAGGAUCUUAAUUGAAAAUGCAUGAUCAUAUUAUUUUUUCAGAAUAACAAUAGUACAAAAUUAAUAAUCAUAAGAUAUGAGUCAAAAAUGAACUACACCCGUUACUUGACUUUGACUCUUUCAAGUGAGCAUUUACUAUGUUAUUAAAUUCUCUUGUAUGUAAUCAGUACCUAUACCAAUCUAGGCAGACAAUAUUACACUACAAUUAGGUACUAUCUAGCUGAUCUGAUCCAAGGGAAGGGAGAGUUAUGUUGAUAGUGUUUUUAGUUGUUUUAAAAUUAUUUUAUUUACUAACAACUGAAGUGCAUUACAUUGUGUGAUAAUAUUAGGUCCUUAUAUAUGAAAUUUGCGUUUUGUCGUACAGACCACUUUGAUCUGAAAUAUCUCCUCUUUGGUUAAGAAUUCCAAAUUCAAAAUCGGGAAAGUAAAAAAACUUGAACGAUGGGUACCUCAUGAAUUGAGUGAAUCUAACUUGCAAACACGCGUCGACUGCUGUGUUACUUUGCUCAACCGACACAAUAAUGAAGGGAUUUUAAAUCGAAUCAUUACUUGUGAUGAAAAGUGGAACUGUACGAUAAUCGGAAGCGUUCUGCGUUUUUGUUCUGAAGGUCGAAAUUUUCAGAACGAAAUCGUUGAAUCCAAAAACGUACCGUGCUUUCUUUUGCGACACCAGCGUGACUCGUACUCGUAAAUAUACCGAUAUUUCAUGUUUUCCAUUGUGCGGUAAUAAGCGACGCCAAAGAAAAAAAUAAUGAGGAAAAAACAAAUGAAUGACUGUUUUCAAAACUCAAAUGUACCAGCUAAAUGAAUUUAUAAAUUUGAAUUUGGAAUUCUUAACCAAAGAGGAGAUAUUUCAGAUCAAAGUGGUCUGUACGACAAAACGCUAAUUUCAUAUGUAAACUAAUAUAUAUUUUUUAAACACCAAUAACAACAUCUGACAGGAAAAUUGAGAGACAUUCAAUAGGGAAUUGACUUAAAAUACUUCUUCUUUUCUUUUUCUGGAGAGUAUUUUUCAAAUACUUAUAGAAUACAGUAAAAAAGUAAGUUUUUCUAAAAAACUUUUUUGCUUUAGUGUGAAAAACAAAAUCAGAAAAUAAUUUAUUAAUAUAGGGUUGUAUAAGAUUUUUUGCAUCCAUAUUUUACAAGAGAAUAUGUGCAUUGAAAAAAGUUUCCGCCAUUUUGAAAUAUAAAUUCUACUAUUGAAAUACAUGUGUGUUAAUUAAAUGCAAAAAAUUGUGUGUGCAAAUUAAAUUAAUAUAUCCUGUUUUAAAAUAAACGACAACACGCUUUUUUAUCAAUUAUGUAAUCUUGUAUUGAGAAUGUAUGUAACAUAAUUGAAUUUUAUUACACUUAGUAUCUACUGACAUCACUUAUGUUUUCUUUUAUAUAGUUCUAUAUAUUAUUAAAUGGUGCCUUCUCUUCUGUAUGGCGUAAAGCUCUUGUGAUUCUUAUCCCCAAAGUUUACAAUCCUUUGCUUCCUUCUCAUUUUAGACCUAUUUCUGUUCUUCCAUUUCUUUCAAAGGUAUAAGAGCGUGUUGUGCAUUCUCAAUUAAACCAAUUCCUCACUAUUAAUAAAAUCCUGUGCCCUUUUCAAUCUGGGCUUAGAUUAGGCCAUAGUACAGUUACAGCUCUUGUUAAGGUAUGUGACGACAUUUGCCAUGAUAUUGAUAACAAAUCCGUAACUAUAAAAGAUCUCCUUGACUUUUCAAAUGCCUUUAAUCUUUAAACAUAGAUUCUACUGCUAUUGAAUGGUUUCGCUGUUAUCUGUUUAAAUGAAAGCAAUUCAUAAUGUAAAUAUUCAUCCAAUCGAGAUAUUCCUUCCGGUGUCUGGUAAGGUGGUGUACUCUCUCUUCUCCUCUUUUAAAUAUUCAUUAAUACUCUCUUCACUUAUUUCUUCCUCUUACCAUCUAUAUGCUGAUGAUCUACAAAUUUACGUUACCGCUCUUUUAGACGGUAUCGAUAAGGCUGUUACAACUUUGAAUCAUGAUUUGGCAAAAAUAUCUGAUUAGUGUAAAUCUUACGGUCUCCAAGUGAAUCCGAGAAAGUCGCAGGUGGCUAUUUUUGGCAGUCUUAACCUUUUGCCGAGGUUCCAAGUUAAAUAUCUACCUCCAAUCUUAUUUGAGGGCCAAAUAUUACAUAUGAAAGAGACUGUUAGAAAUCUUGGACUACAUCUUGAUGCUUCUUUUUCCUAGGUACCUCAGGUUGCAGAAAUGAAUCGUAAGAUUUUCGCUAUCAUUGGAUUUUAAAACCUAUUUUUAAUACCUAUUGCCUAUCAAGGCUAAGAUCAGCUGAGCUAAUUCUUUCCUCUUACCAAUAUUGGAUUAUGCUGAUGUUUGCUACAUGGAUUUAACUGAAGACCUCCUAAAUAAAUUAGAAUGAGAAGAAAAAUAUAGCUAUAAGAUUUAUCUUUGGUCUGCGAAAGUUUGAUCAUAUUUCUCAGUAUCGGUCUUAGAGUGGCUGCCAAUCAGACUUCGAAGAAAUCUGCACGCCUUAUCUCUUUUCUACUUUAUUCUUUAUAUUGACCACACACCAUCUUACCUUAAAGAACGCUUCAAAUUUAUUGGAUGUGACAGCACACACAACCUGCGUUCUUCGGAGGAUAAUAAGCUAACUACUUCCUGCAGCCGGACACAAACCUACAGUAACUCUUUUACUGCAAAAGCCAUCAGCCAUUUUAAUGCACUCACUCAUCCACAGAUAUUCGGCAGUCGAAUUCAUUGAGCAUUUUUAAAUAUCGCUUCGCGAAAAGCUAUUGUUUGUCUAUAUCAAAAUAAUUUUAUAUGUAUGUAUUAUUAUAUGUGUUUAGUGAGAUGUAAAUGCACUUAACUGUUCUCUUACAAAAAUUCUUUCACCAAAAGUUGCCUGUGAGAGAUCGCUAGAUAAGUGAGAAGACCGCCUUUGCGCACCAUUUUUAUUUCUUUGA